AUUCACAAGCCUCAACUCCAAAAAAAAAUAAAAAAAAAAAAAAUUUAAAAUAAAAAUAUUUCUUGUUAAGUAUGACGACAAGUGAAUGGAUUGACAAGAAAAUAAGAGAUGAAGACAUAAAAUUUUAUGAUUAUAAUGAAUUCAUCAAUCUGGAAAGAGUUGGCGUAGGAGCGUUCGGAAUCGUGAAUAGAGCUGAUUGGAGGAGCGGUAAUAUUAAGAUAGCGCUAAAAAUUCUUACAAAUAAUUCCGCAAUUAAUGAAAUAAAUAACGAAAAAAAUAUGGAAAAUUUUAUUAAGGAGUUAAAGUUAUUAAGAAAAGUUGGCUAUCAUCCAAACAUAAAUCAAUUUUAUGGAAUAACAAAAGACCUAUCAUCAAACAAUUACAUAAUGGUUUUACAAUAUGCGAAUCAGGGGAAUUUAAGAGAAUAUUUAAGUAUUAAUUUUAAAUCGCUUCAAUGGAGUGAUAAAAUAUCGAUGGCAUCAGAAAUUGCAUGUGGAUUGAAUUAUUUACAUUCCACAAAAAUUAUUCAUAGAAAUCUGCAUGCAAAAAAUAUACUGGUACACAAUGGAACUCCAAUGAUUGCAUUGACCAGGGGAAUAACAGCCGAAGAUUCGUCAAGUUCAGUAAUUUAUGGAAUGCCUGCAUAUGUCGAACCACAAUGCUAUAAAUAUGACGAUUAUGUCAGAGAUGAGAAGUCUGACACCUAUAGUUUGGGUGUUCUCUUAUGGGAAAUAACAAGUGGAUAUCCUCCAUUUUCAAGAAAUUCAGCUUGUAAAGAUACCGAUUUAACUUUAUAUAUAGCCAAUAGAUAUAGGGAAAAACCGAUAAAUAAAACACCUAAAGUUUACGUUGACCUAUAUCAGAGAUGUUGGGAUAAUGACCCAAAAUUAAGACCAACUAUUAGUGAUGUUUUUGAUAUAUUGCAAGAACAAUAUAAUUCAAUUUCUAAAAUUAUGGAAGAUUUAAUUGUUAUAGAUAAUGAUGAAGAUAAUCGAACUCUGAAUGAUCAAAAUGAUCUUAAAUUAUCAUAUCUUGGGGAUCCAUUAGGUGAAUCACCAUUUUUUACACCCAAAAUUAAUAACAAUGAAAGAAAAUGCAUAAAUAAUGCUACAGACGAAAUCAUUGAUUCUUAUUUAAAAAGAAAUAGAAUUGGAUGGACAAAAUACUUUUCUUUUCCCAAAGUUUUAGAAAAACACGAAUUGAGAUCAGAAAAAAUUUCCGGUAAUCUGAUCAAUAAUCAAACUAUACGACAAUAUGAGGUAAUUGUAGGAUGUUUUUACGAAAAUGGGUUUGGAAUAAACAAAAAUGAAGUUUCUGCUUUUGAGUGGUAUAAGAGGGCAAGCGAAAUGGAUAAUGUAAAUGGCCAUUUUGAACUUGGAUACUGUUAUAAUUAUGGAUGUGGCAUUAAGAAAAGUCUUGAAAAAGCAAUAAAAUUAUAUAAACUUUCUUCUUAUGAAGGAUUAAAUAUAGCAACAUAUUUUCUUGCGAUUAAUUAUGAAUCUGAUAAUCAAAAAUAUAACUUAAAUGAAGCUUUUGAAUUAUACAAAAAGUCUGCUGAAAAUGGGUUUAUACCAUCCCAAUAUAAACUUGCCACAUUUUACGAAGAAGGCAAGGGUAAACGACAGAAUAAAAAAGAAGCAUUAAAGUGGUACAAAUUAUUUUUAGAAAAUGAUGGCGAGUAUGGUGCAACAUAUAACUUUAAGGAUAGCAAAUUGGAGAAAAGCUCACCAUCCGUUGAAUUUAUUAUUGAUGAAAUCGAAAGAGAAUUAAUUCGCAAUGAAUUAGAUGAAAUUAUUCAAGCUUAUUUAAAGCAUAAUAAAAUUGGUCAGACAAAAAGUUUUUCCUUCUUUGAAGUUUUAAAAAGUUAUGAACUAAAUUCGCGAGAAAUUUUUAAAUGUCUUAAGAGCAACCAAACUAUACGGAAUCAUGAAGUAAUGAUUGGAAAAUUUUAUGAAAUAGGGUUUGGAAUAGAAAAAAAUAAUAGUGAAGCUUUUAAAUGGUAUGUGAAGGCAAGAAAUAAUUCUAACGGCAUAUUCGAAGCUGGAAACUGUUAUUAUUAUGGAUACGGUGUUGAGAAAAAUAGGGACAAAGCGUUUGAAUUUUUUCAACGUGCUGUUGAUGAUAGUAGAGAGGAAUUAAAUGUAGCUUUAUAUUUUCUUGCAUCUUGUUAUAUAUCCGGUGAUGGUAUUCGAAAAAAGAAUGAGACAAAUCAGCAAUUAUUAAAAGAGCAUCAUGCUAAAGCGUUUGAAUUAUACAAAAAGUCUGCUAAAAACGGAUUUAUACAAUCUCAGUAUGAAUUAGCUAACUGUUAUGAAGUUGGUAUAGGUACUCAAAAAAAUAAAGAUAAAGCCUCAAAAUGGGUUAAAAAAUAUAAGGAAAGCAUUGGACAGGAUAGUCUAUCAUUUGAUCAUGGACUAGAGAACUAUAAAAUAUAUCGUGCAUAUAAUAUUGAAAAAGAACCGGUAAAAUUUUUUUUUUCUUGAGUUUUAUAAUACUGUAUAUGCAUUAAUUAAUAAUUAUAUAAUUUAAUAGGGGCAAGGAAGACAAAAUGUUCAGGAAAAGUUUUCAGAAUCCACAAAGGCACUUGCUAAAAUAUAUUUUGGUUCUCAGCAAGAAAUCUUAACAAACAAUGAAACACAAAAUUGGGAAGAGUCUUCAAAUUCCACA